AUGUUGAUGAAAUACUUGGCUCUGUUUUACUCUCAUCUCAAAUGGGUGUUGGAUUUCCUUCUUUAUUACCCUUUCUACAAGCUUCAUGAUUCUGAUAUGCCAAUGAUUGGAGAAACCCAAAGCAUAUGCCACUAUGCACACGCCCCUGGCACAGAGGAAGAUGAUGUUGAUUGUGCUGUUUGUCUGUGCGAAAUUGGAGAUGGUGAAGAGAUUAGAGUGCUUGGGUGUGAACAUUGCUUUCACAGAAACUGCUUGGAUGCAUGGAUUGCUCUCAAAAAUGUCACUUGCCCUCUCUGCAGAGAACCAGCGAGACCAAGAAGAAGCAUCAAUGAGGUUGGAGCUGAAGUUCUAUGGUUUGAAUUUUGCUCUGUCCACACUCAUGAGGGUGAUAGGUGGUGGCUCCGAUGA